GCUCAGGCAAUCCUCCUGUCAUGGCCUGUCAAAAUUCUGGGAUUAUGGGUAUGAGCUACCAUGCCCAGCCUUUCUUACAGUUCUUUAUCUCUGUGUGAACACUGAACGUUUUGUCAUUUUGGAGAUCCUCAACAUUGGGUCAUGUAUACUUUGUGAAUGUUUACAUUGAGUUAUUUAGGAGCAUCUGGAAGAAUGUUCUUGAAAAAUUAGAGGAGGGCCAGUCAUGUAGGAGGAGCUGAGUUUCUUCAGGGCUCCACCCAUCUCCGUGGGGUUGCAGAAGACCUUUGUGCCCUCCAAACCGUAUUUCUCUUAUGGUUGUUUUGUCAUUCUUUCCAUCUCAUCCUGAUUUUAUGGCUGACGUGAUGAGAAUAUUCAACAGGUAGAAUAUGAGAUUUAGGAAAAGGGUCUUGACUCUUGACAGCUACACUUCUGAGGUGAGAUAAUUUUUAUGAGGUGAGAUCACUUUUUUACCAUACUUGCUGCUUUGACUGUUGAAUAACAAAAUACUGCUCUCAUAAUGAAACUACUUUGUUUUGCUGCCUUGGGGAGAACACAGCAAUAGAAAAAUAGCCACAUCUUAUUCAAGCUCUUCUUGAUUUUUGUUUUGGCUGUUUCUAAAUUUGACACUUGGGAAUAGAUGGUUUAUUUGACUCAGUAUGACCCAGGUAUGCUUUUGUUAAAAAGAACAGUUCUAGAAGGGUGACUGUUGGGACAAAAUUAGCUACUAGUCUGGGAUACUCUUUCAGUGUAAAAUCUCAACAGCAUUUAAAAAUCAUUAGAGACAUUUUAUUCAUAAACAUUUUCUUAAUAAGAUCCAGAAAGGGUUUUGAAAAUUAUUUUGUAGCUAGUUUGGUCUUUGAAUAGAAAGACUAUGAAAAGUAAUGUAACUAAUGAAAACUGCAAUUACUAUCAUUGAAUGUUCUUUUUUUAGGCAAAACAGUGAUGUUUAAAAAUUCAAACUAGGGAACUAAAUGAUCAGUAUUUGUUGAGUACAUUAUAACAACCCUCAGAGAGCUUUCUUAAUGUCUGGGAUUAAUGUAAUCCUUUGUUUUUUAUUCUGAUAGAGAUUUAAAAAGUUAUUCUCAUCUUCAAAUUCCAAUAAACCUAUUUGAUAGAGGGAAAUAGGAAUAGGACACAUUGCUUUUUACUUUCUGCACACGUGUGGAAACCGGGGGAUCUAUUCUCUCCCUCUCAAUUUACAUGACCAUGAGGAAACUGAAACCCAGUGAAGUUAAAUGACUUGCCUGGGGACAGCCAGCCAGCUAGUUCCUACUUGAACUGGGGACCAUCUAUUUGGUUACCGGGAGUGCCUUUGGUUUCUGCUGCCUGUUUGAUACUCAGUCUUCUCCUGGUAAGUUUUAGCAGCAAGUGGUACUGGCCACACGACAGCCCUUAGUCUCAGGUAAUUCUCCACCCCUCUGCCUUUUUUUUUUUUUUUUUUUUUUUCCAAUGCAGUUGCAUGGUGUGAAGGCGAUAACUGCAGAAACUCAGGUGUCAACAACACCGGGAAUCAAACGUUUGGGGGGGAUGGUAAAACAAGAGUGUGUAGACAUGACUGUGUACAAUAGCUUCCAAAGUUUGGGAGGGUAUUGGUGUAGCUGUUAUUUCUGAGGCUGGAGAAAAUGGCAGUAGAGUGACAGUUUCGCUAAUCAUCAGUUUUCAAAGAGCACGUUUUUCAUGAGAACGACAGGUAUAGUACACUUUACUACAUAAGGGGGAAAAACCCUUGAAUUUUUCCCUCCCAUACAUUGGAAAGUAAAGUAAAUUUUAGGCAACAUUUUAAAGGUAACAAAAGGUAAAGAUUGCAAGGGAGUCCUUGCUCAAGAAAAUCUGUGCACUGUAGAUAGCUACAAUAGAGGACCACUUGGGUUUAGAAAUGACGUUACUAAUAAUUCUAGUCAUUGUGGCUAAUUAGAAUAAUCUGUUGAAGGUUAUAAAUUACAGAUACUUUUAAAAACAUUUAUCUAAGAAUCUGUGUAGAAUUCUAAAAGGACUGAAUUAUUUGAAGUUAUUGGUUUCUGUGUAUAUAAACUUAAACUAUUUUUACAGCCUUUGAUUAUUUUUUAAAAAAUGUUUUUGUACUCUUAUAGCCUGAUGCCAUAAAUGUUUUAUGAAUUUAAUAUACAGCACCUCUAGGUGCUAUUUAAAACUGUUUUCCUGGUCCUUUUCUUUUGGGUUAUAAGGGUUCUUUGUAACCAAGAAGAUUACCUAUGGUUACACUGAAUGCACCCUCCCAGAGCGCGCAGGCGGCUGCCCUAGUGCUAUUAUAAUUCCUGUUUGCCCCUGGGUGGUUGCCAGCAGGGAGUAAGGCAUUGUGGGAAGUACUUUCUUUACCUUCCACAACAGGUGUCUUUGUCAGUGCACCUUAUUCAGAUAUCCGUGUGUGGAAGCACUGAGUCACUGUGUAGCAAAGAAAAAUAUGAAAGAAAGAGGAAUUGCUUUCACAGCUAGAAAAUGGUGCUGCUAGAUAAUCUGAAAUCUUCUGGUGCUAGUUAAUGCAUGAAGACGUUCACAGAAUCUUUUAAAGUACUUCUAAAAAGAUAAGGAAUUUAAAAGGUGGGUGUGUACACUGGCACUGAGCUGCCGUAGGAUUUUUCCCUGGAUAGUCUGGUCUGAAGCAGGGACAGCAGCUGCUGCUGUGGAAAGGCCAGCUGGCAAGAUGAUGGAAGAAAUCUCCAUUAUGGUAGCCUAUGACGCCCAUGUUUUCAGCCAGCUGCAUGAUGAAGACUUCCUCACUAGUCUGGUGGCCAUCAGCAAGCCCAGGUCUAUGGUACCAACCAAGAAGCUGAAGAAAUAUGAGAAAGAAUAUCAGACAAUGCGAGAGAGUCAGCUGCAACAGGAAGACCCAAUGGAUAGAUACAAGAGGGAGAACCGAAGAUUACAGGAGGCCAGCAUGAGGCUGGAACAAGAGAAUGACGACCUCGCCCAUGAACUAGUAACAAGCAAAAUUGCUCUACGGAAUGACUUGGAUCAGGCAGAAGACAAGGCAGAUGUGUUGAAUAAGGAGCUCCUCUUGACCAAACAGAGGCUGGUGGAGACUGAAGAAGAGAAGAGGAAGCAAGAGGAAGAGACAGCCCAGCUAAAAGAAGUCUUCAGGAAACAGCUAGAGAAGGCAGAAUACGAAAUAAAGAAGACUACAGCUAUUAUUGCUGAAUAUAAACAGAUCUGUUCACAGUUGAGUACCAGGCUGGAGAAACAGCAAGCAGCCAGCAAGGAGGAGCUGGAAGUGGUAAAGGGUAAAAUGAUGGCAUGCAAACACUGCAGUGACAUUUUCAGCAAGGAGGGCGCUUUAAAACUAGCAGCCGACAGCAGAGAGGACCAAGGAAUUGAAACGGAUGAUGAGAAGGACUCACUUAAGAAGCAGCUGAGAGAGAUGGAGCUGGAACUGGCACAAACCAAGCUGCAGCUGGUGGAGGCCAAGUGUAAAAUUCAGGAACUUGAACAUCAGAGAGGAGCUCUUAUGAAUGAAAUCCAAGCUGCAAAAAACUCUUGGUUUAGCAAAACCCUGAACUCUAUCAAAACGGCCACGGGCACCCAGCCAUUGCAGCCACCACCAGUCACCCAGCCACCCAAGGAGAGCACAUAGUUCCAGCCUUACCAAGCACAAGAGCACAAUGAUCAAGCAGUGGAAACCUGGGAGGAUUCUUCCUGGUGUCCCUUUGAAGGAAAGUCAAGGAGGCCAGAAAACAAGCCAGAAUCUUUCAGUAGCUCUCACUCUUUCUUGUAUGACACUUUUCAAAGGGAUGUUAUUUAAAGUGACCUGUUCUAUGUUGAAUACCUAUUUUCCAGCUUCUUCAUGGAAGGCCAUGUUCAGAUCCAUCAUAGUAUGACACAUUAUUUUGUAUGCCUGAUGUUUAGUUGGAAAUAAGUAAUUCGGAACUAAAUGCUUUUUUAUUUAGAGCUCAAUUAAUUAAUUCAUAACAAUUUUUAUCUUAUAUAAAAUGGAGACAUCUUGUUAUUCCAAGGUUGAAGUGAUAGGAAGAUCUUUGUCACAGGAAAAAAAAUUGAAACCUAAUCCUCUUAACUUUUCAGGAUUUAUUCAGAUAAAGCACACUGUGGGGCCAGGCAUGACCACUCUCAGGUUUCCUCCUGAGCCUGAUUCCCAGGGGAGUCAUAAUCCUCUCCAAAGGACAGAACCAAUCAGUGAUGAUCAUAGGUUUACUUUCGUUUUCUGUUCGGUACAUCUUGAAAUGAAGUGCCAGGAAUAGAUGGGCUAUUCAGAAUACACACUAGGUAAAUGGAACUGAGAUUUUAAUAAGCGUAGGUUAGAAUCAUUUGGUCUGUGGUAUUCUAACAGAUCCUGUUAAGAACUCCACAUGGGACUUACAAGUUCCUAAGUAUGCCUAAGUAUAGACACAGAUGGGACUUCUGACAAUUUUAAAGUUAAAGGUGGAUAGUACAACUUACACACUUAGGCGGCCUUCACCAGAGACGCCUAAUAAGGCCCAGGAUCAGCCAUUGUGCUGAAUAUAGUGGAAUACAGAACCAGGGACAGAGUAUUUCCUUUAAUGUUGAUAUAUACUUGCUAAGGAAACACUAACAUACUGCAACUUUGUUAUAGGACAUAGUACUGAAACAGGAAAUAGAGGUCAGCCUCACAGCAUCUUAGUUUAAUGUUGGGCAACUUUUUCUGAUUUCUGUAGUUCCCUGAAAGUGUGUCUUUCAUACCCACAGAUAAAGAGAUACAAAUGCAUUUGUAACGUUUUUGAUUGAAUAUAAAACCUUUAGAGAAAUACUUAUCUCAUGGAAAGGUAAAGUUACUGUUUAAAAAUUAGUGGAAAUAUUUUAUCAAUUAUAUUUAACAUGCCUAUAAAAAUAGUCCUUGCAGGAAAUUAUUUGAUAAGAGCGAAACUAUUUUUAUUUUGUAAGAUAUUUUGGAGGCCUCUGAUCCUUUCACAUCAACCAAACUACUAUUAGGUAUGUACAAUAACAUUUGUUGAUAUUCAUCAUUGCCCUCAUUGUUGAACAUAUUAUUUGCAAAGGAUCUUAAACUCUGUAGUGCCAGAAUGAUUCUCAUCUGUGCCAUAUGUUGCAAUUAAAAGUAACACACUCUUAGAAGUAAGAAUCAAAUAAGAGCAUCUCCACCCAAGGAGGAUGCACCAAGUUGCUCCCAGUGGGUCUUUUCCUCUAAAUGGUCUUUUAUGUUCUAAAAAGUGAAAUCCCCUUUAUCUGCGUUUAUAUCAUCUACAGCCCAUAAAACAGAUGUGAUUGUUAUCUGUUAUACUCAUCAGAUAAUACUCUUCUUACAUGAAUCUUUCAUUGUUCUGACAUCUUUCAUUACAAAAUUUGUUUUCUUCUUACCAAAAAGGAACAUAACCCAGCAUUCCACGUGUCUAUGUUGAAAUUAAUAUUCUCUACGUGGUGGUCUAGAUAAGCUAACUUUUUUUUUUUUUUUGUAAAAUAUAAUAGCUAGAAAAUGCUAUCUUGGCACUUGUUUUUGUAAAUCAUUUAGUAUAGGCUGUUAGCUUUAUUGGUACUUUAUGCUAUAAUUCCAAGAAGCCCCGUGCAGUUGCCUUAUCAAAUUGCCAGCUAAAUUAAAGACGCUCUUUUGUGUUGUGAAUUUCAUCAUUCUGUACAGAGCUUGUUUCAACUUAGAAAAAUAAGUACAUUCCACAGAAUGCCUAAAGCAUAAUUUCCUUUAAAGAAUAGUAGGUGAGGGAGAACCAUAAUGGCCCUAGGUCAAUCGCUGAUCUGGAGACCUUGUUCAACUUCGUAGUCCCUUUCCUUUUAAGAGAAGAAUCCCCCCUGGCCAGGCACGGUGGCUCACGUCCAUAAUCCCAGCACUCGGGGAGUCUGAAGUGGGCAGAUCACUUCAGAUCAGGUGUUCAAGACCAGCUGGCCAACAUGGUGAAACCCUGUCUCUACUAAAAACACAAAAACUGCCAGGCGUGGUGGCAAGUGCCGGUAAUCCCAGCUACUCAGGAGGCUGAGGCAGAAGAAUCGCUCGAACCCAGGAGGCAGAGGUUGCAGUGAGCCAAGAUCACGUCAUUGCACUCCAGCCCGGGCGACAAGAGCAAAACUCUGUCUCAAAAAAGAAAAAUCACCAGGUGCAUACAUGUCAAGUUUGGUAAGUCCAUCUUUUGAGUUUUCUUGUAGCUCUUUCAAAAGAUUAUGAGGGCAACACAUAGUUUUUUUAUUCUGCAGCCCCAUAUCAUACUUGGGUAUCCCUGUUGGUACCAUAAGCCUAAACUCUCCCUCACUGCAAUGCCUUUGAGUUAGUAGCAAUAGUAAAGACUAGAAACAAAGAAGAUUCAGAAUUUGGUAUGUGAUAUGAUUGUUCAUACGAUGUUACAAUAGCAAUAUUCCAAACAAAACGUCCUUCACUGUCUAUUGUUUGAAAACUCAUGCAUUCCAGCAUGAAGUAACUGCUAGUUUUAAUUUCACUUAUUUUGAGAUAUAUUUUGAGAAUUGCAUCUCUUCUCUUGAAUUUCAUUUAGAAGAGAUUAACCAAAUAUCCAGGAAAGUUUCAAAAGAUUCUAGUGUUUUCCAUCCUUUCCUAGGAUGCACUCUGUAUAAAACAUUCCUCUGGAAAUCUAAUAUUUGUAAUAUCUGAGAACUGAUCAUUUCUAUUUUCAUGAAAUUCUGUAAAAAACAUUAAAUGAAUGAAAUUCAACUUGGUAAUGCAGUUCAUCAACUUUUAUAUCUUGAGAAUCUCAACACAUUCUUUAACUCUGAAAGAAACCAAGCUGGAUUUUUCAGUGCAUAUGUUUGCUAGCUUCCCACAUCCUGAGCCAUGUCACAAUUUGGUUAUAUUUAGUUACACAUAAUUGAAUGCAAAGAAAUUCUCAGUUACUUAAUGUUCUGUUUAUUUAUGAGUGCCUAUCAGGAACACUAAUAAGAAUGCCAUUCAACCAGUGUCUUCUCCUGCCCCUCUCCCAGCUGCUAAAUUAGUACUUUCUUCUUCUUUGGCUUUCUGAAAUGUCCCUGGUAAAGUAGAAAAGCAACCUUUGUACAGAUGCAGGGAUAUUUAAUAGUAUGUAUCUUGUUUCUUUUUUUUCCUAGGGUAUAUUUCCAACCCCUGCUCCAUUUUCUUAAAAUGUUUUCCAGUUAAUAACUAGUUGCUUUAUUUCCUAACUGAAGUGAGAAAACAAGAGAAAUGAAUACAGAUUUGGGCAGAGGCAAUACAGUUAGAUCCUUAAAGGAUUCAGUCAGUCACCCAGAAGGAGAAUCACAUGUCUAACUAAUGUAAGGGCUUGAACCUUCUUUUUCUUUUGCUAAAAUUAGUCUACCAACUCUUCUUCCACCAAUCUUGACAUCAGACACUUAGGUGGUUGUCUGAUUUUGGGAUCCCAAAGGG